AUGUUGCAGCUGAACUCGCUAGCUCCUUCUCAAUUGAGUACCCAAAACCCUAAAAUUCCCCCUCAGCAUUCUCUCUCCUCAUCACAGUCUCACGGAAGCUUUCCCAUUCCUGCCAAAAGAUGCGACCUUUCUUUCGCUAGAAAAGCCAGUAAGGGCGGGAAGCUCGCCGUGAAGUGCCGCCAGUCGUAUUUCGACCAGCAGAACUUCAGCAACAGUUCCGGGACUACUUCAGGGAAUAGUUCUUUUGCUUCGCGGUCCCAGGGCGCUUCAAAUGCUGGGGAAUCGCCUGCUAGGGUUUAUGUGGGACAUUCGAUAUACAAAGGGAAGGCUGCACUUACGGUGGAGCCUCGAGCACCGGAAUUCACAGCACUAGACUCGGGAGCAUUCAAGCUUGUCAGGGAAGGUUUUGUGCUGUUGCAAUUCGCUCCUGCAGCUGGAGUUCGCCAGUAUGAUUGGGGAAGAAAGCAGGUAUUUUCCUUGUCGGUUGCAGAAAUUGGAACUGUAGUGAGUCUCGGUGCGAAAGACUCCUGUGAAUUUUUCCAUGAUCCUAAUAUGGGGAAAAGCGAUGAAGGUAAGAUCAGGAAGGUAUUGAAGGUAGAACCACUCCCAGAUGGUUCAGGCCACUUCUUUAACCUAAGUGUCCAGAACAGACUCUUGAACAUGGACGAGAGCAUUUACAUUCCAGUUACAAGGGCAGAGUACACUGUCCUUGUCGCAGCUUUCAAUUACAUCUUGCCGUACCUGAUAGGCUGGCAUGCAUUCACAAAUUCACUAAAACCAGGCGACUCGACCAAACCAAACAACGCCAGCCCGAAGUUUGGAGCAGACUACGAAUGGAGCAAGUAG